AUGUCUACGAAUGCAGAAAAGGAGCGGGUUGCCAAGCGGCGCAGGGACAAGGUCCAGCUGUCGUGUAAUCUGUGUCGCAAGAGAAAGCAGGUACUUCGAUGCAAUCGCGUGCAGCCCUGCUGGAAUUGUUCCUCCCGCGGCCUCGCCUCCUCGUGCGUCUUCCCCGACAACAGCAAGGUCCCUCCUGCACCAGCCACCGCCGCGACCACCACAGCUGCUGGCAGCUUCCAAGACCGCAUCAAUCACCUCGAGGGCCUUGUCGUGCAGCUCCUCCAGCAGGACCAACGUCCCGACAAGCCCACCGCAGCCGCUCCCCAGCUAUGCGCCCGAUGCGCCGAGCCUCUAGGAGGCGAGCCUCGCGCUUCCCCCACCACAGCGACGACGACGCCUCCGUCUACGACCUCGCCCCCGCCUCCCGCACCAUCCUCCUCCUCCUCUCACGCGCACAUCGAUGUCGGGAAGCUACAGAUUGACAGCGCCAAGAGCGCCUACGUCAGCAGCCCGCACUGGAGCGCCGUCCUCAGCGGCCUCUCGGAACUCAAGAGCUUCUGGCCAGCGGCUGCGACGACUGGCGAACACUACGAUGACGACGACGACGGCGACGACAACGAUGACUUCUUCCCCGGCGAUCAGAGCGACAACCAAUACUACGAGGCCGAGACCGACGCCACCAGCCCUCACCAAUCGCCCCUACAGCAGAUGCCGACGCCGACGCUUGCAACGCACGGCAAGAGGCGAUUUCAGCUGCUCUUUGGCGGAAACAGGAAGCAGUCGCUCGACAAGAUUCUGCGGGCGAUGCCGCCGCGUGAUGAUGUGGACCGCCUGGUGCUGCUAUACUUUAAUAACUCGAUGCUUCCACUCGCCGUCAUUCAUUCCGGGAGUUUUCUCUCCCAGUAUGAGAAAUUCUGGAAAUCACCCCACGAUACGCCAAUACUCUGGAUCGCCCUACUCUUCGGCAUCAUCAGCAUCGCCAGCCAGACAGAAGCCGCAUGGUCCCUCUACGGCUCUUUUCCUCCACCUCCUCACCCGUCUUCCUCCCGCAGUCCUCCUCCCGCUCCAUCCCAGCCUCCCGGGCCGCUCUCCUCGCCGUUCCCGCUACAAACACCCCCUUAUGUCGACCAGGUCGUCGCGUGCCUCCUCCUCGGCGAGUACACCAAAGGCGGCACCCACGCACUCGAGGCCCUGCUGCAUUACCAGUUCAUAGAGGUCGCCAGCGCCGCCGACGGUCACGCUGACGCUUGGCUGCUCUCCGGCGUCGUCACCCGCCUCGCCUACCGCAUGGGCUACCACCGCGACCCCUCUCACUUUCCGUCCCUUGGUGCCUUCGAAGGCGAAACCCGUCGCCGGCUGUGGAUUACCAUACACGGCAUGGACAUCAUGGUCUCGGCGCAAAUGGGCCUGCCACGCCUCAUUAAGGCCGGAUCCGCCGACGUCCAGCUGCCGCGCAACCUGCACGACGCCGACCUGGUGCCCGGGUGCGCUGAGCUGCCACCCGAGCGCCCCUGGUCCGAUCGCACCCCGACCCUGCACCUCAUAUCCAAGCAUCGCAUGUUCGUUGUCAUCGGCACUAUAACCGACGUCAACAUGAGCGUCGGGCCCGAGUGCCCGCCGCUGACCGUCGCGCGCGAGCGGGAGCUGACCGCUCUCAUACAGGACACGUACGAUGGCUUACCAGAGCAGUGCAAGUUCACCGGCAUGCUCGGCUGUGUCGCCGACAGGGCCGCCGACGUCAUCCAUCGUAUCGGCGCUGGCGCGCUGCUGCAAAAGGGACUCAUCGCUAUCCACUGGCGGCGCAUGAUGGCGCGCGACGCGCGCGAUGAGGCCGAACACCUUCGCGUCGCCGACGUUGACGCCGCCGACGGGGCGUACGCCCGACGCUCGUACGUUGUGUGCAUCCGCGCCGCGCUCAGGGUCCUAGGUUACCAGGCCAUCAUGGAAGGCGAGUCCCGCCCCGGCGGUGCGCUUUUCCCGCAGCGCAUCCAGGCAUCAUCCGUCCUCAAGCACGAGUUCCUCACGAGCACCGUCCUGCUCUGCCGGCACAUGUACCGCGUCGUCGCCGGCCCGUUUGGCUCCCCGCUGCUCGAGGCAGUCAUGGAGAGUACCAGUAGUGGCAGCUACGGAGCCAGAGGCGAUGAUUUUGAUGGCGCCGACGACGACGACGACGAAACGCUUCUUCCCGAGCCGCAGGUCAUCGAAGCGGCACUGCGGCGCUCGCACGGCAUCUGGCAAAGGGGAAGCGCUGUAUCAGCCGAAGCACGGCGUAUCUCGUCCAUCCUCGACGCCCUAUUUAAGAAGCUCGGCACGACCAUGUCUCCGCGUGCUAGCGAACUCGUCUUGACGUCGACCUCGCCGUUUGAUGGCAUCGAUCCAGGCCUUGCCCUGCUAGAUGAAUUCGGACUUUUGCAGCAUUUACAGGGCAUGAAUGGCUGCUUCGACGUGUAA